AUGGCUCUUCUUACCAAUGACCCAAACCUUGAUCUUUGCCCAAAUUUCACUUGUGCUACCUUUCAAGACAGCCGGCUUCCCUUACUUAGCCCUAACGUCGACGAAGACCAAGCCGCUGUGAUUCUUUGCACUACCUGGUUGGCUACCAACUCCACACUCAAAAUCAGAUGGCAACAGCAGCUUGACGCUGCCGCUUUGGAAACCGAGGCUCGCGAGCGCGCUCUUGUCGAGGCCGAAGACCAGCGGCGCACCGCUGAAGACCUCCAGAACAUUGUUCUCCUUGAAGAAGAACGCAAGAAGAACAAAAUCCAUCACAUCCCAAUCCCGGAUCGUCCUCGUCCUACCCGUGCAGCAGAACCUUUUCUCGUCGCAGACUUCGCCCUUCGCAAGCUUGACAAAGCUCAGUUCGUUGAACUGCACUACUGGACUAACAAAGGUCUUGCAGACACGCGUUGUAGGGAUUCAUUUCUGGUUGGGCUUGUAGAGACUGUUUUUACCUUACCUUAUGUUGGCACUUUUGUAGCUUACAUAAUCAAGCAAUCUUUUCACCAGUUACCAGUAUGA